AUGAAGGACAACUGCACCACCCUGUACCCCAACGACGUGGUGGCCCGCAAGGUCAGCGAGUAUGCCGAUCGAAACUCGGUCGACCUCCCCGAUGCCUUGCUGCAGUACCACCAGUGGGUUCUCGACACGCAGCCGCGAUGCGCAAUGACCAUCUCCCUGCUCGAAGCCCGGCUGCUGACUUGGCUGGCGCGGACCGUCGGCGUCAAGAGAGUCCUCGAGGUCGGCGUCUUUGUCGGCUUCUCGCUCGGCGUGUGGGCCAACGCGGUCGGUCCCGAGGGGGCCGUCACGGGCCUCGAGCAGUCGGCCGAGUACGCCGCGCUGGCGAGGGAGCAGCUGCUCAAGCAUGGAUACGACAACUGCCGCAUCCUCGAGGGCGAUGCGCUCCAGGUCCUGCCCACUCUUCAGCCCGACGAGCCAUUUGACAUGGUCUUCAUCGACGCGCAAAAAUCGGGCUACCCUGACUACCUCGCCGCCAUCCUCGACCGGUCGCAGCCCGGGGCGCGGCGGCGGCUGCUGCGGCCCGGCGGGCUCAUCGUGGGCGACAAUGCGCUCCGAUCGGCGCUCGUCGUCGACCAGUCCGACGACAACCCGGCAGCCAGGACGGUGCCGGGGGAGACGCCCAACUGGGACUGGGACGCCAUGCGGCGGCUCGACGAGUUCAACACCAUGAUGCACUCGCACGAGCGCAUCGAGGCGAUGCUGCUGCCCGUCUUUGAUGGGCUGGGCAUGGGGCGGCUGCUGGACUGA